CAUUGUAUUUAAAUGUAUUUAUUGUUGUAGUUUAAAAAUUAAAUUAAUAAACUGACAUGGAUGUAAAAGAAAUUAAUUCUCACGAGGAUCGUAUCAACGUUGGGCUAUCAGAACAAAGUGCUACAGAUGAUAUAAGGUACGGCGAUGAACGCAUUGAUACAUGUUGCGUGAACAAAGGAUUUGAAGAAUCGAAUAGCUCGAAAGAAGAUCUAACUAAUAUGGUCGAGGUGGAAUCAGAUAAUUUCUCUAACAACGUGAUCCUUUCGGAUGCCCUUAAAAAAGCGCAACGCGAUGGCUACGUUAAUAAUGCAUUCGAAGAUGGCCCUCAGAAAUCUACAGAUAAGGGGACUCUGGUGCCGCAGGCACAUGAUUCCACUGUCAUUACUUCCGCAACAUUAGAGAACCAAAUUACAAAACUGGAUGAAGACAAUAAUGGGGUGGUGGCCGUUAAUUUGGAAACGAAAGAAAAGAAGCGGAAAAUACAAUCGGUCGGAUGGGACACAAAUAGAAGCAUAAUUUUUUUUGGUCUCAUAUUGGCUUUUGAUGUGUGGGCAGUCAUAUUUUAUUGUUUUAAAAGAGACAUACUUACUGAUAUUCUUAAUUAAACUGUUGACAAUAUUAUUAUCAUUACGAUUGUUUAAAGGUACCAAUUGAAUACAUUAUUUUAUCUUUUAUA